AUGCUGCCUAUGAUAUUGCAUGGCAGCCACAACUUUUCCAUCGCCGUGUGUCAGUACGUAGACCUGCGGCUUGGCCUCGCCGCGAUGCUUCUAGUCGCCUUGUCUGCGGUUUGCACUCUGCGCGUGGCCUUGAUGCGGCUGCAGUGGCUACAGUUCCCCAUGCUGAAUGUCCACGAGCUAAUCAAAGCAGGAUUGGUCGAUGCCCCGAAUGGCUGUUGUUGCUGUCAAGGUGUUUGUGGCUGGGCACCGAAGACAAUCCCUCCCUUUUUGAUUCCAGUGGAGUCGCAAGCUGGAGGGGUUCUGGAGCCUACUGUCGGUGAGGCCAUACAAGUUCGAGGAGUUGGCACUGGCACCUUCGAAGCCACAGCAGACGAGCAGUGUCUGGUGGUUAGUUCGCUGUGUGCGUGCACUGCGGGCAAGUGGUAUUUCGAGACUGUCAUUGGGCCACGGACGUCGAGCUAUCGGAUAGGUGUACUGCAGCCGGAGUCAGGCCUGACCCAUCAGCCUGGAGGUAAAGAGGCCAGUUGGGGCUUCGCUGCCGAAGGCAUAUGGCAGGGAGGCAAACUGGUGCAGCAAAGGACUGUCCCGGCACAUGCAAUUCUCGGUGUGCUGCUGAACUUGGAUGAUGGGCUGCUAGAAUUCACAGUCGAUGGAGUCGCCACAGAACAGGUCUCCAUCGAUGCCAGCGCAGCGUGGCUGCCCGCAUGGGGUUUUGCCGGCACGCUGGGUAUCCGUUUGGAUGGACGAUUUGCCUUUGACCCACCGCUUGGAUUCUUGCCGAUUCGGAGAGCCGGAUUGCAGGCAUCCUACCAGGCAGAGGGCCGCAUGUGCGCGCAAGGCAGCUUGACCAAAAUCGAAGAGUUUGAUGUGCGGAUGGAGAAGACAUACACAGAGCAGCAGGCGAUGGAAGAGCUUUUUGCCAACCCUCCUUACAAGGACACCCCGUGGGGUCCAGCAGUGGAGAGAUACCUGUCAAGCAACUCGGAGAGCUCUAUGUGCAGCCAGUCUUCGGUGAAUUCUGUUGUGCACGAGCAGGUUGCAGUGGAGGCUUAUUCUGGUUGCAAGUCCGCGUCUCGUGGGGAGGGAAGUGGAAGUGCUCUGAGUUGUAUGUUGCGUUUCCGUGGUUGCGACCCUGGCACAUGGUCUUAUACACGGUGCGCAGACCAGCCCUUGCCUGGUGCGCGAGUCACAGCAAGGGACAUUGCAUCACGCCGGGUGGCCAGAACAGCAUCAGCAACUACUGUACUCUUCACUUCUAUUCUCUUUACAGGUACUCCUUCCAUCACAUGUACACUCUGUCUGUUGUGCUUAGAUGGCAUGGUGGCUCUCUUUGCGAGUGUCGGGUACUACUAA